AUGCCCACCGGCCGACGUUUCGCUGGACGACCAACAAAUCAGUCCUCGCCCUCUGUGUUUCAGAAUACCCCAAAUGUGAAGUCUAACGAUUCCAGUUCUACAGUCAUACGACAUGUGAUGUUUCCGUCAUUGUCGGGUUCCAGUCCGCUGAUAACCUCGAUCCUGCACUGUGCUUUAUUUCUCUUGUCCGUGAUGGUUCAGUAUCUGAAUUUGUAUAAGACAGUUUGGUGGAUCCCCGAGUCACCUUUUCAGUAUGCUGUUAAUUUCCGUGCAAUCGACUACCGCGUGUUCGCUCAUAUUAUCCUCAUGGGGCUCACACCUUCUUUGUACCGAAUCAUUCUCUCGCUAUCCUCCGGACCGUUGGCCACUUAUCCAGUUCUUCGCUUCGUCAGCGGUGUCCCGUUAUUCAGUGCUUGGUUCUUUCUGGCCGUUUAUACAGGAAUGGGAAUGGAGACAGUGGGCUACAGUCUGUUCUAUCGUGUGUAUUUAUACGCUUUACUGCUCUAUUUGGCGAUGUUGUCUUCUCCUUGUUUUACUCUCAUACCCUAUUAUACCGUUAACAUUAAUUAUAAACCCCCUUAUCACAAGUACUUGUUUUUCGGUGAAGAUGAGAGGCCUGUGCUGGGAUUUCUGUUUUACAAUGUGGAUCGAAUGGCCCAGUUGUGUUUUCGUAUGAGUUUCACCCAUCCCAAACGUUCCCGGAAGUCGAGCACACCGACGAUGAAUUUUUAUCAUGGAGCAUUCACCAAGGUAAAACAAUUGGCCGCCAAAGUGUUUUGGGUCUGCGCUGAUUGGCCCGGAAUGACACCCACCAGCACAUUGUUCCCUGUUCGCUAUAUCACUGUUUCAAACGCGCCAGUCGGGAACAUCAAUGCCUCGUUCAUCAAUUGUUCUCAUCACUAUGGUGUUGAACCGAAUUCGAAAGCGGCUGUUUUGCUACGUCAUCAGUGUUUGAACUUGUCGGCCGAGCAAAUUCGUGAGGAAGUUUUACUCUUUCGACGUGAUUUUAACCCGGACGGUCUAAUCUAUGAGGCCUCAUGGUGUAUACAGCACGGUCUUGUUACUUGGUUGUCCACAUUUCUACUCUUCUGGUACUAUCACCUGCCAGCAGACUAUCUGGAUAUGUUGCAUCGUAGUGCGUUGCAUCUGGGCUGUUGGACGUCGGAAAAUCCACGCGCCGUGACCGCACAAUCCACUACUUGGUCGCCAACACAAGUUUAUGCAUCCGGAGUUGUGGUGAAACACGUACGGGGACAAUUUCAGUCUGUGGAAGUGAGCAAUGCAGCCGAGCCGGGAAAUGUGCAACAUAUCCGAUUUCACUUUUGGUUCCAUUCUCCAUUGCGUAUACCUUCCCUACUGAUGUACAUCUCGCUGGCGAUCCCCCUGGGACAGCUGAUCAGUUUGCGAUGGGUUUCCGAAUGGUACAAACUGAUCGGAAUGGUCGCAAUGGGUGUGUUCGGAUUGUACAAUCAUUAUGUUCACAUUCGCACCUACGCACUGUUGCGAUGCGUCUAUUCCAACGAAGAACAGCACGCCACUCCCGUGUCUUAG